AUGGGCUAUUUGACGGGUGAUAAGAAGGAACCUAAGGAGGAUGACUCGGCUUAUGCUACAUGGGAUGCAAAAAAUUCCAUGGUUAUGACUUGGCUGGUUAAGUCUAUGGAGGAGGAGAUUAGUUCAAACUAUAUGUGUUAUCCUACUGCUAAGGAAUUAUGGGAUAAUGUUCAUCAGAUGUAUUCUGAUUUGGAGAAUCAAUCUCAACUUUUUGAGUUGAAUCUCAAACUUGGUGACAUAAAACAAGGUGAGGACAAUGUUACCAAAUACUUUAGUGUGUUGAAAAGGAUUUGGCAGGAUCUUGCUCUUUUUGACACAUAUGAAUGGGAAUCUGUUAAAGAUGGUAAACAUCAUAAAAAGACAGUUGAGGACAAUCAAAUUUACAAGUUUUUGGCUGGUCUUAAUGUUGAGUUUGAUGAGGUGAGGGGGAGAAUCAUUGGCCGCCCACCUUUGCCUUCUAUUGCCGAAGUCUUCUCGGAGGUUAGAAGAGAAGAAAGUCGAAGGAAUGUCAUGUUGGGAAAGAAGGUUGUUGGAGCAGCUGUUGAAGGAUCGGCUUUAGCUACUACUAAUGGAGGAGGCUAUAGCAGAUCCACCUGGAAUAAAUUUGAUGAAAAGCCACAGGUCUGA